UUUUACUUCUGCCGGGGUUUCGGUAUAUUUAUUAGUGCACUUAUUUUGGUUGAAAAAUAAUAGUUUUACGGUUUUUCUAAAAUAUAAUUUCCUUGUAUAGUCAAUUUUGAGUUUGAGGGAAAAUUUUUUCAGAGUUUUACAAUGCGUUAAUUUCUUUAUUUUGUUUUUCUAACAGACGUUAAUAUUUGCUGCUGAUUAUUGUGUUUUUGUGAUUAUCUUCUUCAUUUCUUCAAAAAGUUUAUCAUUUAGGAAUUAAAAUGGAUAUGGGUUGUCUCUGAUUAACAAAAUAUUCUUUACUUUCAUGAACAAAGUCAAUAUAUUUAUUUUAUAUUUAUGAAUUAAUAUUAAAGUGAUGUCCUGUAAAAAAAGCUUUAUUUUCUUUUGGUUGUUAAAUUUACUGAAAGUUUUCUUCUGUGAAUCACAAUCAGAGACAUUUAAUGAAAAACUUUUUGUCAAACCUUUGCCUUCGGGUCAUGUGUACACCCAAUUUCAAUUUGUUGUUCAAAAAGACUUGAUUUCCGACGAUGAAAACGCCUUUCGACACUUUAGACUUUUUCCUCGUUCACUUGGAGAAAUAAUUCAUGAAUAUGAUGUCCAAGAAUUACAUUUCAGUUUAACUCAAGGUUUAUGGCGUUAUGAAAAGUGGGGAUACCCUCUAAGAGAUGCCCCACCAGGUGCAGAGCUGUGGGCUUUAUUUAAAGGCAAUGUAUCGAAGGUAUCUUCAAACUGGAAGAAGCUGACGAACGUUUUAUCUGGGCAAUUUUGUGCUUCUUUGAACUUUAUUGAUGAGACCAUCACAGUUAUUCCUAAAUUCUCAUUCAAACCAGAAGGUGCUGUAGUCAGUAACUUGUAUAAUUCAAGCUUUGUUCGCUAUUCUUCUCUACCUCGUGAGAUUGUGUGUACUGAAAAUCUUACUCCAUUCAGAAAGCUGUUGCCUUGUGGUUAUCAGGCUGGUUUGUCAACACUAUUGAAUGCAUUAAAUGUUUUUAAUGCUCAUUUUGUAUCACUGUCAGUUGAUGUACAGUUUGUGUGUAAACAGGAAAGUUGCUCAAAUAUUGCAGUGCAGCUUGUCCAGUCUGUAGCUGUUGUUUUUGACUUGCCAGUCCAACUUAAAAAACAAGAUUGGUCAUUAGUAAAACUUUUUGGUUCAAGUUUAUCAAGUACUUGUCCAGUUGCAUCAACCAGUGAAGUGUUUGUUGAUAUUUCCUCUAAUAAGACUCAAAAUCCAUUUACUUUAAGUAUUUCACCAACUGAUAUUAUUGAAGAAAAUACAGACCAAAUAGGAUAUGAAAACAAAAGAAUUGCUUUCUAUGAUCUAAAACAAUUAUUUAAAAGUAUGCAUCUUGUAAAUAUUGCUGCCAUCUACAAAAGUGCCCAUAUUUAUGGAAUUAUACCUCCACCAAUCAUAUAUGUUGAUAGAAAAUUGACAGGUUAUGGGCAAGAAAAUGGCGGAAUUUCGUACACUUUUUAUAAUAAUCAUCCUAAAAAUCCUCUAAAAAUAAUUCAUUUUGAUGUAAUUCCAUGGUAUAUAAGAUUGUAUAGUCACACAUUGGCUAUAACUAAUGGAGGUUCAACUAUUUCACCUGAUUUCUUGUAUUACAAGCCUGCUAAAGAUCGUAGUCGACCUCAUCAUCUAGAACUUGUGUUGACGUUACCUCCUAAGUCCAAAACAGAAUUGAAAAUAGAAUUUGAUUUUGCUUUCUUAAAGUGGACAGAAUAUCCUCCAGAUGCUAAUCAUGGGUUUUACAUUAGUUCAGCCGUUAUUAGCACCUUACUGGAUACCAACAAAAAUUUCUCCUACUUCCCUGGAAAUAAACAAACUAGAAUCGAUGACGGAAACUUUCUAAGGAUUCAUACAAAAAUAUUGCUGGUGUCAUUACCCACGCCUGAUUUUAGUAUGCCUUAUAACGUAAUUUGUUUGACAUGUACUGUUGUUGCUUUAGCUUUUGGACCUAUUCAUAAUAUUACUACAAAGACUUUACAACCCCUUGAUGAAAGCAGUGAGAAUCCUUUCCUUUCGAAGCUAAAAAAACAGUUAAAAUUAUUUUGGGAAUCUAUAAGAGACAAAGCAAAGAAACAACCAGAAGAGGAUGUUAAGAAGACUCAAUAAGAAUAAAUUUUAGGAUUCAAAAUUAAUUAAAUGUCAAUGUAAGACAGGUUCCUUUUUACAACCUAGUUGUAAGUUUUUUUUCAUUAAUGUAUUAAUUUACACUACAUGUUUUUACAUUACUGUAUUAAUUUACAGUUUCAUGUACAUAUUUCAUAGAAUAAUAAAAUUUCCUUUAAAUUAUCA